AUGAGUCUUAUGGAAAACUAAAAAAAUUAGAUUAGAACUUUUUUGUUUAAUUCUCCAUUACUCAAAUAAAUGAAAAUAUCAUUAUAGGCCCUUAUCCAUAAAAUGAAUAAGAUAUAGUCAUCCUAAGAAAUUAUGGACUUAAAGCUGUUAUGAAUUUAUAAAACAAAGUUUGAUGUAUAUCAUAGAGGAGUGGAUUGGGAUGAAAUAUUAAAAAGUAAUAAGAAAUACAAUAAUUAAAUGAAGAAUUUUGAAAUUUCUGAUAUGGACCCAUAAGAUUUUGAAAAAAAGAUAUCCAAAGCAGUGUUAAUACUAAAAAAACUAAUUAAUCAACAGGAAUUUGUCUAUAUACAUUGUACUUCAGGUAUUGAAAGAGCACCAUCUCUAAAUGUAAUAUAUUUAUCAUCAGUUUUGUUAAUUCCACUAAAUGAGGCAGUUUCAAAUUAAUUAUUUUUACUUUUUUUAGUUAAUAUUCUAUAAUAUAUAAUAUCACUUCAUUUAAGUAUACUAAUUAUUAAAUAAUUUAUCAGUCUAAUUAUAACUUAUUUAUCAAUUUAACAAAAGAAGUACUAGAAAAGCUGUUUGAAUUCAUUCUAAAGUUGUUUUUUUUUAAACAGAAUAUUUAUUUUCUUCUUAAUUUAAAAAAUCAAAUAAUUAUAAUUAUUAAUGAAAUAUUUGUCUAAGACUAUCUUUCUUUUACUUAUUAUUAUAAAUGGAAAAUCAUCAGAUGUAUUCAAAGUUCAAAAUAAGAGGAUUCAAGAAGAAGUUAUUGAAAAUAAAUGGGAACCAAUUAGAGUUUAGUAUUAGUUUGGAUAAGAAAAUUAUGAAAGUGAGCACUAAAAUUUCUUUUAAAAUUUAUUUUCAGUUGCAACUACAUUUAUAACAAGAUACUUUUUAGUACAAAGAUUGAAUGAGAUGAUUACAUUUGACAUCCUUGAUACUCAAUAUUUUGAGGAAAGAAGUAUUUCAACUUAAUUUGUUAGCCAACAGUUUGAUGCAGACCUUGUAAACAUAAAAAUCAUAUAAUAUUUAGCUCAUUUUUGUUUUAUUAAUAACAGACUCAAACCAAAAAUUUGUUGCAAGUUCUGCUUAUUUUAAAACUGAUCCAAAAACAAAAAGACCUACAGUAGGUUAUAUAAAAUGGAAUACAUUUUUUACGAAUCUGACAGAUGUGACUAACUCAAAUUUCGAAUCGUAUACUCAACUUUUAAUUACAGUAUCUAUGUAUGUUAUGGGUUUCCAUUUUUAAUCAUUUACUAAUUAUUUCGAUAGUUCAACUAAUAAAACAUAUCCUGAAGUACUUAUGACUCAGGAUGGAAAUAGUUAUUUAUCGACUCCUAGAUUAACAAAAAUAAUGAAAUUGCAUUUUAAUUGCAGUUCUAUUAAUGGAGCAUAGUUAGAAAAUGAAGGAGGACUUAAUUAUGAAUUAUUUCAUUUAGAAAGAAGCUUAUUUUAUAAUGAAAUUUUAACAAGUUCAAUUAUGGAAGGAAAUGCUAUUAUAUCUGACUUUACUUUUUCACUAUUUUAAGAUACAGGGUAAUUGUUUAAUCAAUAUAUAGUUUUUAUAAUUUAAUGGAAUAUUCACCAGAUAAUGUGCUUUGGGGAAAAAAUAAAGGAUGCGAUUUUUUUACUAAAAAAUGUGAAGGGGAAUUUGAUGAAUUUUGUAAAGUUGAAAAACAAUAAGGAUGCUCAUUUUUAAAUAAUGGAUAAUCAGAAUGUCAAUCAGACAAUUAUAGUAGUUAAUGCUAAUAUUUUAAAAUCAAAGAGGGUUUUGAUUGUAAAGAUAAAUCAUCUACUGUAAGUGAUUAAAAUUUAGAAACAUUUUAAUAUUUUGGACAUGAUAGCAUGUGUAUUUAAGGAUCAUUAAGUAAAUCUGAAAGUGCUGCAAAUUUAUAAGAAUUUAGUUGUUAUCAAUAUUUAUGUGAUUCAAAUUCUCAAUUAGUGUUAAUUAUAGAUUAAAAAGAAUAUAAAUGUUCAUCAAAAGCUGAAAUAUAAAAUAAAGAAUAUUCUGGAAAGCUUAUAUGUCCCAAAGACCCUGAAGAAUUUUGUAAAUCCCAAAAUGAAUGCUAAGAUUAAUGUAAUUAAAAUGGAUAUUGUUUAAAUAAAUUAGUAAAUACUUUAUAUUUAAUUUUAUAGUGCAUAUGCAAAUAAGGUUAUUCAGGUUCUAGUUGUUAAGAUAAUUGUUCAAAUUAUAGAUACAAAACAGAAUGUUUUGAAAUUUGUCCUAAAGAUACUUAUGCAAUUGAAUCUAUUAAAUAUUGUGUUGGUUGUCCUGGAGUAAUUAUUCAAUGAUUUUUAUAUAGAAUUGUUAAGCUUGUUAGAGUUAUAAUAAAUGUACUAUUUGUCGUUCAGGAUAUAAAUUAAAUUCAAUAGGAUUUUGUGAUAUCAUAUAUAAUGAUUCUGAUUCAGAGGAACAAGACGAAGGUUCAGAAAACCCAGUGACAUAAAAUGAUGAACAAUACCUAGAAUUAAAUUUUGAUUAUGAAUAUGAAAAUGGGUAUAUCUUGGGAGCAACAAUCAUCUAUUUGAUAUUAUUAUGA